CCGUGCUUCUGCGAUUCUGGGCUCCCGCAACUCGCGCCCGCGCAAUCAACCACAACGGCAACGGCGACAGCGACAAGAAACAAACACCAUCCGCCCCGUUCUCUUCAAACGUUUAGUCCGCGACCCGAACGUGGAACAAUGUCUGCGAACGACGGCCCAAAGUUACUAUGGAAUCCAGACAAUGUUCGAGAUGUCGCAGACUCGCAGGGCAUAUCGCUGUCUGAUGAGCCGCUACGAGUGCUGGCCCAGGACGUCGAAUAUCGAAUUGGGCAGGUCAUUGUCGAGGCCCUACGCUUCAUGCGCGCCGCCAGCCGCACGACUCUAACUGUACAAGACGUCUCCCAAGCACUCAAGGUGCUCGACGUCGAGCCGCUGUACGGGUACGAGUCGACGCGGCCGCUCCGGUACGGCGAAGCCAGCCUCGGCCCCGGGCAGCCGCUUUUUUACAUUGACGACGAGGAAGUGGACUUUGAGAAGGUCAUAAACGCCCCCCUGCCCAAGGUGCCGCGUGACAUGAGCUUCACUGCUCACUGGCUCGCGGUUGAGGGCGUUCAGCCCUCAAUACCCCAGAAUCCCACCACCGCCGAGACCGCUUCCAAGGAUCUUCUCCCGAAGGGUCCAGGUGCAAACCCGGCAUUGGCAGCUCUCGCAGGAAACGACAACGUCUCGUUCCGGCCGUCAGUCAAACACGUUAUCAGCAAGGAGCUGAUACUUUACUUCGACAAGAUUCAAGCCGCCAUACUUGACGACGACCCUGACGAGGAGAAGAAGAGACUCCGCGAGGCCGCGUUAGAAUCCGUCCGCUCCGACCCAGGCCUCCAUCAGCUCGUGCCCUAUUUCGUGAACUUCAUCACGAAUCAAGUAACUCACCAUCUAGACGACCUGUUCGUCUUGCGUCAAAUGAUGGAACUUGCGCAGGCGUUGAUUCAGAACCUGAAUCUAUUCCUGGACCCAUACGCCAGCGCCAUCUCCGCACCCGUGCUUACCUGUCUGAUGGCUCGCAAGCUCGGCGGUGCCGCGCCCGAAGACGGUUCCGAUACGCUACGCGAACAAUACCGCCUCCGCGAGCUCGCGGCGAGCCUCCUUGAGAUGAUCGCGCGCAAGUACGGGGCGACCAACGCGCUGCUGCGUCCCAAACUGACGCGCACCUGCCUAAAGCACUUCUUGGACCCCGUGCGCCCGCCAGCCGUGCUCUUUGGCGCUAUCAGCGGCGUGGCUGCGUCAGGCGGCCCUGAGGCCGUACGCGUUUUAGUUCUUCCUAACCUGAAGAGCUUCGAUGCAGCCGUACUGCAGCCGCUGCAGGAAAAGGGCGAGGCACACGGACUUGAGCUGGAGAUGCUCAUUGGUGGGAUCAUGAAGGCGAUCAAGAGUAUCGUUGGGGGCACAGGUAUCCCGGCCGCGAACGGAGUGAAUGGGAUCGACCCAUCAAGAGAAGCCGAGCAGGUUACGGAGUUCCUGGGCCCCGUUAUCGGGCGGAGAGUGUCCAGGCUAGCUAACCACGCCCUGAACAGGGCGAUUCUGGACGUCAAGCAUUUGGAUUAGUUCUCUUCUGGCAUGCGUUUGGAAUCAUGGCGCUACGGACAACGGGAACUGGCAGGAACGGCGUUGAGGAGUUUGCCGGGUUUCACUGGUUUGGGAAAAUGCGUUUGGCCACACAUGGUGG